AUGUAUCCUGUUCAACCACCUCGCGAUAUCGCCAUCGUUGGCGCCGGCUUCGCGGGAGUGGCUGCCGCCGUCGCCAUCUCCCAAGAGCUUGGGCCCUUUGUUCCCGAUCUCAAGAUCCGAGUAUUUGAACGGGCAGAAUAUCCCUCCACCUCGGGAGGUGCGGUCAACCUGACUCCCAAGGCCCAGCAGCAUCUCGCCCAUUUGGGGGUUAUGGAUGAACUGGAUCGAAUGGGCACAUACGGCGGCGCCGAUGUCGAUGCAAUUCAAGUAUUCUCCAUGACUUCUGCUCACCCAAUUGGAUCGUUCGAUUUUACGGACCGAACCAGCAAUAGCUACGGUGGUUACAAGGGCCGGCGGGUGAUGCGCGUGGUUCUCUUGACGGCAAUGAUCAGUGUCGCUGAACGCGCCAAGGUCGAAUUUGUGUACGGCAGGAAAGUUACUGGUGGAAAAGAGAUCGAUGAAAAGGCCAUUAUCAACUUUGAAGAUGGAUCCGAAUGUUCCGCCGAUCUGGUUCUCGGCUGUGAUGGCGUUCAUUCUCCGACUCGCACCAAGUGGGUCGAUCCCGAACGGCGGUCCGAGUACAGUGGAAUGUCAUUUUUGCAGACUACUGUAGACACCAAAAAGCUAUCUUCGCGUCUCCCUUUCGACUCCGCAGUGCAUCUAUCACGCCAUGGCUCGCUGAUCACCACCUAUUGCGACCGCGAUCGUGAGCAAAUUUUUGCCGCCGCCAUUGUGCAAUUCACGGAAGAAGACCUGGACUAUUACCGGCUAAAACCAGGCCAAGACUGGUCUACUCGCCAUUGCAUCCGAAUGAGCCUCCGACGAAGUUUGCAGAGACGCUUUCGGAAAAGUGCAGAGCCGUGCGUUAAGGAGAUUGUCCACAGUGACCAAGAGUGGAUCUUAUACCCUGUUUACCAAAUCCGUCCGGGUGGCCGGUGGUGUUCAAACCGGGUAGCACUGCUUGGUGAUGCAGCCCACACGAUGCCCCCGAUCUACUCCACAGCGUCCUACGCCCUGGAUGAUGCCAUUCUCUUCUCCCGUGUGUUGGCACGCUAUCGGUCAGCGCCAUUGACCACUAUGUUCAAGACAUAUGAUCAGCUGCGCCGCAAUACGGUCGAUCGUGCAUUUGCGGAAUCCAAUACAAUUUGGAAACGAAUGAAGGAUCGGGGCCCCAUGGAAGAAUUUGUAAAGGAGUGGAAAAUGUCAUCGUACCUUAGACAUUGGCAAAGCAAGCGUGAGGAGGAGUGGAUGUCCGAUGCGGCGAAGAUCCCGAUUCCGACUCCGACUCCAGAACCCAGUGAGAUCGCGGUCACCAGUGAGACUUUAGUCUCUACCUAA